AUGAAGGCAGGGACCCCUUAUAGUUAUUUUCCAACAAUCCUCAAGAUUCUUCCUGACCCUAAUCCUCUUAUUACCCUCGCCGCUCUGGUCAAAACCACCGGGCCACGGCUCUUGCAUCUUAGCCGGCGUCACACCCACCAGCCGGAAGCUGUUUAUCAGAACAAUUCAGACAUUAUGAGAGGUUCGUGGAGAUGGCACAAUGUUUUGAUUCGGAGUAAUCCGAUUAUUCAAUCUACUAUAACAGCACAUUCAGCCUCAUUGCACUCGACGACUACUUUUUUUGAGAAAUGGAGAAAUAAGUUUGAUGCUAACUACAUAAGAUAUGAGGUGCGGCAGAAGCGAGCUGGCACAAAAAAAGCGCUUAAAAAUAUACUCUUCAAAGGGGGUUGCUCAACGUCAAGAGCCGAGUCAUUCCCGAAAAUAGAAGUAGACUAUGAGGAACAAUUAAACAAGAAACCCCGAGCAAAGCCUCGUCAAGAUAAAAGAAGUCAACACAAGAAAUCGAGACGUAAACGUGAGAGAGAGUAUUCGUACGAAGAUUUUGACGAAAACCCAGAUAGAAUGUUCCAUGCUGCAUUUGGGAAACAUGGCUUUUCAUGGACUUUCAGGCCCACUGGACUACCGUUUGACUGGACAGAAAAUUUUGAGUGGAGGAACAAUAGAUUUGACCAAAAGGGCAGUGAAAGUAGGAAAGGAUAUUGUGAUAAUUCCUUUACUAUAGGAUCAUAUGAUGAUAGAAAAGUUCUUGGUUUACCGACAGCUGGUCCUCUGAAAAUCGAAGAUGUUAAGGCUGCGUUUCGAGCGUCAGCUUUGAAGUGGCAUCCUGAUAAGCAUCAAGGUUUGUCAAAGGAAGAUGCCGAAAAGAAAUUCAAGCAUUGUGCUGAUGCAUACAGAUCAUUAUGUGACUCUUUCUCGACCGCCUGA